UUGCUCUUACAGCCCGACCGUCUCCAGUCAAGAGCUGCCGUCCUCAUGGCGCUGGUCCGGCGCGCUGCGAUUACUAGAGGGGUGGAGAAUGCUAUGACAGGACUUAACAACAAAGCCAAAAGUCAAGUGACUAAUAAAAGGGCUGCUUUGGAAGAGAUUGGGAAUAGAGUUACAACCAGAGGAACACAUGCAGCCAAGAAAACAGAGAGCUUCAAAGUACCUGUAAAAACUACAAAAGGAGCUACUAAACCAGCAAGUGUAACUGCACAACCUAAACCUCCAGCUGCAGUGAAUUUAACUCUCAAAGAGGAGACUGUUCCAAAGAUUCUGUCUCCAACCCCUAUGGAUGUAUCCAUGAAAGAAGAGGACCUAUGCCAAGCUUUCUCUGAUGUGCUGCUUAACAACAUAGAGGAUAUUGAUGCUGAUGACUGGGAAAAUCCUCAACUCUGUAGUGACUAUGUAAAGGAUAUUUAUCUGUAUCUGAGGCAGCUUGAGCUGCAGCAAUCAGUACGUCCACACUACCUCAAUGGGAAGGAGAUCAAUGGGCGUAUGCGUGCAAUUCUAGUUGAUUGGCUGGUUCAGGUCCACUCAAGGUUUCAGCUCUUGCAGGAAACACUGUAUAUGUGUGUUGCGAUUAUGGACCGCUUCUUACAAAUUCACCCAGUAUCCCGUAAGAAGCUUCAGCUGGCUGGUGUUACAGCAUUGCUUCUUGCCUCAAAGUAUGAGGAGAUAUUCUCCCCUGAUAUUGCAGAUUUUGUUUAUAUCACUGACAAUGCAUACUCCAGCUCUCAGAUCAGAGAGAUGGAAAUGAUGAUUCUUAAGGAGCUGAACUUUGACUUGGGACGCCCUCUACCACUCCACUUCUUAAGGAGAGCAUCAAAAGCUGGUGAGGCUGAUGCUGAGCAACAUACACUAGCAAAGUACCUGAUGGAGCUGACACUCAUAGACUAUGAUAUGAUACACCAUCAUCCUUCGGAGAUAGCAGCUGCUGCCUUAUGCUUGUCUCAAAAGGUUCUGGGGCAAGGCAAAUGGGGUAUAAAGCAGCAGUACUACACUGGGUAUGCAGAAGACAAUCUUAUGCUAAUUGUGCAACAUAUGGCCAAGAAUGUAGUAAGAGUAAAUGAGAACUUAACAAAAUACACUGCCAUAAGGAACAAGUAUGCAAGCAGCAAACUCAUGAGGAUCAGCACAAUUCCUCAACUGAACUCCAAAACAGUCAAAGACCUUGCUUCAUCUCUCUUGGGAUAAUCCUAGGUAGACAAUUCCUACUCCAUGCACUUUGUCAACAUGUGCCUAUUGAGGCACAACUGCUGCUUUUGUACAUAGCCUUCAAUCUUAGUACAGACACCUCAGAUUCACUCUGAAAGCAAACUUUUAAACUUGCCCUUUAAUGCUCUUGUAUA